UCUUUCUUUUAUCUUUGUUUCUUUUUUAUUAUUAUUAUUUUUUAAGUUAAUUUUGUAACAGAACACGCUCUUCCAACCCAGAUAUCCUUCCUUCCCAACGCCAAGCUGGCUUACACCCGAAACCCUUCACACGCCGCAAUUCAGCAACAACUGGUUUGCACUUUCUUCCGCAACUUCUUCUCCAGCCUUCGAUAAACUCACCCCCAUAAAUGGCUUCCCUGAAUUGCCUUCCAAUUCCACUCUCAACACAAAUUUUCACACACAUAGGCACCAUGUAUUCCGGCAAUGCAACCAGCAGCAGCAGAGGCUCUUCGGAAUCCGGUAGGUACCGCGGAGUGAGGCGUAGGAACAGCGGAAAAUGGGUGUCGGAGAUUCGCGAGCCCAAGAAACCUAACAGAAUUUGGUUAGGCACGUUCCCCACGCCAGAAAUGGCGGCGGUGGCCUAUGACGUGGCUGCGUUGGCUCUCAAGGGUAAGGAUGCUGGGCUCAACUUCCCUGACUCAGCUUCUUCCCUUCCUGUCCCCGCUUCGCUUUCUGCACGCGACAUUCAGGUGGCAGCUGCGGCCGCGGCGGCGGCUGCUGGAGCAGCAAAGGAUUCUAUGAGGACACAAACAGGGAAUUAUAACAUUUCAGAGGGGCAAGAGAAUCAAACUGGGAUGGGUAACCAAUUUGUGGAUGAGGACUUGAUCUUUGACAUGCCUAAUGUUCUUGUCAACAUGGCUCAGGGAAUGCUGCUUAGUCCUCCUCCUUUUGACAUUGGUUUGGAACCGAAUAGCCCAGAAAACACCGAACAAGAGACAAGCCUGUGGAAUUUCCCUUAAAAUAAAUUAAUAAUUAAACCCCUUUUCUUAAUUUAGUAUUAAUAUAUAACUAUAUGUUGCAUAAGUAAUGCUUGAAGAAAAAGAAAAAAGGGAGCAUAAAAGUUGCCCUGUAAUGAAUUGUGGGCGAACUCUCACAUCAAAGCUUUUGCUUGGCCGUGACGAAAUUAAUGUAAUGUGUGUUAAGAGUAGUGUUAGUGUUAGUAUAAUUUUCUUUUCUUUUGGUUCUAUUUUUUUGUUUUGUUUUUUGUUCCCUUAUGUAUAGGUACAGCUAGCGCUCUCUAAGUUGAGGGUGUUUGCUUCUAGGGUUGUUUUGUAGGUUUUUCUUUUCGUUUAUAUUAUGUGAUGUUUGAUGUGUUAAAUAACCUUUUUGGCCAUGUGUUACUGAUAAUAUUGUUGCCUUUAGCUUGAGAAU